AUGGCUACACCAGUGGACCAGAAAAUGCUGCGGCAGACGAAAUUUCCAGCCGAGUUCAACCAGAAAGUCGAUGUACAGAAAAUCAACAUCGAGGUCAUGAAGAAAUGGAUUGCUCGAAGACUCUCCGAAAUCCUAGGCACGGAGGACGAUGUUGUUACUGAACUGUGCUUCAAUCUCCUCGAGGGCUCACGAUACCCUAAUAUCAAAGAACUUCAGAUCCAGCUUACAGGCUUCCUGGACAAGGACACGCCCAAGUUUUGCAAGGACUUAUGGAAUUUGUGCCUAAGCGCGCAGUCGAACCAUCAAGGCGUCCCAAAAGAACUUCUCGAGGCAAAGAAACAAGAACUUAUUCAGGAGAAAGAGGUUGCGCAGAGAGCGGCUGAAGCAGCACAAAAGCAGAAAGAGAGCGCAGUCAAACAGGAACAAGAUCUCGAGGCUGUUCGUAGACGGGAAAGAGACGAACGGCCCCACAGAGGACGUGACCACCUAGGUCUAGCAGGUCUCCGUCUCCACGAAGAAGACAUUCGCCAUACCGUCCACCACCUCGAGACAGCUACGUUCCGCGUGGAACUGGUCGCUCUCAAGCGAGAGAUACCCGUCAAGGACGGUCUCGCAGCAGAUCCGGCUCCAGAUCAUCAGCUUCAAGGUCACCCCCACCUAGAAGAAACCAUAGAGCAACUUCUCCUAAUGUCAGGUCUCGAUCACCGCCCAGGAAGCAGAGACGGAUAG